UUUCGAUGCCUCGAUCUCCUCGACUUCACGCGUAAACCUAAUCGAAUACGGGAAACGAUUCGAGCAAUUCAAAAUUACAAAGUCCUCGAUCUAACGAGAUCCUGAUAUUUAUUUAUCCUUUUUUUUUUUACGAUUUUAUCUAUGUAUCGAGGAAACUCGUAAACCGAGAAGCCAAGGCCGCGUUCGUCUUGUCCGUUACGGACUUUCGAGCUGUCCAACCGAACGACAUGAUCGAGCACACGAGGAACGAGUCGAGCAUAAAAUCUGAAAAAGAAUGGAAAGAACGAAGCAACCUUUUCGCGCUCUUCUUUCCAACGAAUGGACUUUCGAACAGCUGGAGUUGAUUUCUCAGGGUUUUGCCGUACACGCGCCAACAGCCAUGGUUGACGAGGAAGUCAGUCGGCGAGUUACCGCCGAUAACGCGCGUGCUAUCACGCGCGUGUCCACGCUCUAUCGAUGGUACCGUUAAACCGAGCACGUCCGUCGACGUCGGCCGCGAACGUAUAACCGUCCGGAUGACUGUUUUCAAAUUAGGCCCGAUCCGACGACGUUCGCUCCUAUUUUCGAACGGUAACGAUAAAAGCGCAAAGCGCGAUGUUCCUAGCCGCGGUACCCUGAUCCCGCAAAGUUUCGAGCCUAGUACGUCGACUGCAUCUUCUCGACAAGCGCGACCGUUAAGCCGAGCUUAAGUAGUUAUGUCAUCGUUAGCCAGGAACACCUUUUCUCGCGCGUGGCUAACGACCGAUAACGACGUGCGACGUUGUCGUCGCGAGGAAUUUUCUCUUUUGUACGAGCCACGGCCUUUCUGCUUCAGAAUUUUCAAAGAAAAACUCCGCUGUACAAACAAUGGUUAAACGGCCUCGUUGAACGCAAAGGAGGAAACGAAGAUUUCUAGUUGCCAUUGAAAAUAACACUGCUCGGUAAUCGAGUUUCACUUUUGUUGCUCGAUCGAGCAACCGUAUCAUUUUCAGCGUUUUCCGGGUAAACCUUCCAACGACCGGACGAAGAAGAAACGAACGAAUCGGAACUGAAAUUUGGCUUCUCCUUCCCGCGGAGACGCCGAAGAGGAAAAGGAGAGAGAGAGAGUUCAUCCCCGAUCCAUCGACAGUCGUUCGGACUCGGUGACCUCGAUCCCCGAUCCGCGUCUCCUUUCACUCGAACACUUCUUUCCGGUGGUCUUUCUCGCACCGUCGGUGCCAAGGAACGCGAUUGCAUUCUAUCGCGCCUGGACUGGUCUCGGUAGUCAGUGGUCAGCCCUCAGUUAGCCCGAGUUCGCUGGAGUAAGUCGACUCGAAGCCGCGUUCGUUACCUGCCAACUCGCUCUUUAGAUUUCACUUUCAUAAGACUCGCCAGCACGGUAUGAUGCAACCCGUUCUGAAGACCUGAAUACGGAAUACGCGCCCACGACCACGACAAGAUCCUUCCGAUGAAAAGAUGUCGAGCGCGAAGGACGUGCUGAUAAAGCUGUGCGUUCUGUUCUUCCUUUACGAUCACGCUGCGUGUCUCAUUAUCCCGGAAGAGCUGCCCACGAUACUUUCGCUGAUCUACUCCAAUAUUCCACCGAUAAAGAAAGGCACCGAUUCGAGACUCGGCGUGGGUUUCAGACUCGGGGAGCACGCGGAUUUUCAAGUACUGGUAGAGCUAGGACCCCAGACCGAAACGGAUCCGAUCGGCACUGCCGAUAACAAGAGACGUCGAGAUGCGAUGUUCGGUGCCGCGAUGAGAGGAGAACUCGGACCGUUGGCUCAAGCGGUUGCAAACUAUCAAUUGGAACGGAAAAUUCAGAGCGAACUGGAAAAAUUUAAAAGAACGGAGGAGAAGGUGAAUGCCGUGGACACCGAAGAAAGUAACGUCGAGAAGACUAAAGCCAGCGACUGGCUGGCAAAAUGGAGCAAAGAAAUGACGAAAUCGGGCAAAGACGAAACGCCAUUCAAAGAUGUUUCCGAAGAAAACAGUUUCUCGUCGUCUGUGAAAAACAAGACUGUGCAAAGGAUACGUUCUGGACCACCGCUUGCACCCACCGGUGGAAAAAGCGCGAUCUCUGAUCUAACAAACUUGUACAAACAACAAAAAGAUAAAAAAAGCGAGUGACUCGAGCGAAGCGUCUUCGUUAUAUAAGUAACAUCUAUUUUUUACGAUUCUACCGAGUUCGUUAUGUAUAUAAGAAAUAAAAAUUUAUACG